AAAAAUCAAGUCCUCUUCUCACUGUUGCCGUCCAUCUUUUUUCUUCUUCUUUUCUCUGCCUUUCUUAAAAGAAAACCAAAGAAAUGGCGAGGAGACCGGACGAGGAAUACGAUUACCUAUUUAAAGUAGUACUAAUCGGCGAUUCAGGCGUUGGUAAAUCUAACCUUCUUUCCCGAUUUACUCGGAACGAAUUCUGUUUGGAGUCUAAAUCCACCAUUGGCGUCGAAUUCGCUACUCGUACUCUUCAAGUCGAGGGAAGGACUGUCAAAGCCCAAAUAUGGGACACAGCUGGGCAGGAGCGAUAUAGAGCAAUAACUAGUGCCUAUUAUAGAGGUGCCCUUGGAGCUCUUCUAGUGUAUGAUGUUACAAAACCAACAACAUUUGAAAAUGUCAGCCGUUGGCUGAAGGAGCUGAGGGACCAUGCAGACGCCAAUAUUGUAAUCAUGCUAAUUGGGAACAAAACUGAUCUGAAACAUCUACGAGCAGUAGCCACUGAGGAUGCUCAAGGUUAUGCAGAGAGAGAAGGACUUUCAUUUAUUGAAACAUCUGCUCUUGAAGCAACAAAUGUUGAGAAGGCUUUUCAGACGAUUCUCUCAGAGAUUUACCGCAUAAUUAGUAAGAAGUCGCUCACAUCAGAGGAACCAGCACCUGCCAACAUUAAAGAAGGGAAGAUGAUUGUGGUUGGAGGAUCAGAAGCAAACACCAAGAAGCCUUGCUGCUCUUCAUCCUAAAGAUUUGUAUCUAAGCUAAAUUUUCACCCUAUUGCAUUUCCUGUUUUCCCCUGUGGGUUUAUUGCCUCAGCUCCUUUUUGCAAUUCCUUUGCGUCUGAAUUAUGUUGGUGAAUUAUUUAUUAUUUACAUGAGAUAUCCUACAGCCUUUUAUAUUUUUGAA